AUGGGCACACUUACCGGCAUGGCGAAAGCAGUCCGAGAGCGACUUAUGGGCCAGGAAAUGGCAGUUAUCUACGUUGACGCUCAUGCGGAUAUCAACACACCGGAGACCAGCCCAAGCGGAAAUAUCCACGGCAUGCCAUUGGCUUUUGCGACCGGUAUAGCCCGCAGGGCCGAGGGUCCCCUGAGCUGGAUCAGCAACGAACAUCUGAUCAAUCCAAAAAAGAUUGUUUACCUAGGACUGCGUGAUGUGGAUGGGGCAGAGUGGACAACAAUCCACAAACAUGGGAUCAGAGCAUUUGACAUGCGCGAGAUUAGAGAGUAA